AUGGCGAAAUCCGUGCGGGACACGGCCGUGGUGCCUCAGUCAGAGGGCGACGGCUUCCAGAACUCAUACGACGACGAGGACUUUUGGACGCGCAACGGCCUCAAUGCCAAGUCGUUCCAGAAGAAGCACUACGGGCAUGGGCUCGUGGAGCUGGACCGGGCGAUGAAGACGCGGCACUUGCAGAUGAUUGCCAUUGGCGGCUCGAUUGGCGCUGGGUUCUUUGUCGGUUCGGGCGGUGCCCUGGCUAAGGGUGGUCCUGCUUCGGUUCUCAUCUGCUUCCUCGUCGUCGGCUUCAUGGUCUUCAACGUCGUCUUUGCUCUUGGCGAGCUCGCCAUCAUGUACCCCGUGUCCGGCGGCUUCUACACCUACGCAACCCGCUUCAUCGACCCGUCCUUUGGCUUCGCCGUCGGCUGGAACUACUUCUCCCUCUGGUUCGUCGUCUUGCCACUCGAACUAACAGUCUGCUCCCUCGUCAUCCAAUACUGGAACCAGGAUAUAAGCGUAGGCGUCUGGAUCACCAUCUUCUGGGUCGCCAUCAUCCUCAUCAACAUCUUUGGAAGCAUUGGCUACGCCGAGGAAGAAUUCUGGUCUUCCGUCAUCAAGCUUGCUGCGACGAUCGUCUUCAUGAUCAUCUGCUUUGUGCUUGUGCUUGGCGGCGGUCCUUCGGAUGGCAGGUAUUCCGAAUACGUGGGAGCAAAGUAUUGGCAUAAUCCUGGAGCGUUCCGCAACGGGUUCAGGGGCUUCUGCUCAGUGUUCGUCACCGCAGCCUUCUCCUUUACCGGCACUGAACUCGUCGGCCUGGCGGCGGCAGAGAGUCGCAACCCGGUCAAGUCCCUGCCCAGCUCCAUCAAGCAGGUGUUUUGGAGAAUCACCCUCUUCUAUGUGCUCGGCCUCUUCUUCGUCGGCCUUUUGAUUCCUGCAGAUGACGAGAGAUUGCUGUCCAGCGCCGCUUAUACCGACGUCAAGGCUUCGCCGUUUGUCCUCGUCGGGCUCUACGCCGGCCUGCGCGGCUUCGACCACUUCAUGAACGCCGUCAUCCUCAUCUCCGUCAUCUCCAUCGGCGUGUCCAGCGUCUACGGCGGCUCCCGCACCCUGACGGCCAUGGCGCAGCAGGGAUACGCUCCCAAGUUCUUCACCUACAUUGACCGCUCCGGUCGAUGCCUCCCCUCUACCAUCCUCAUGCUGCUCACCGGCCCGCUUGCCUACAUCAACCUCAGUGCUUCGGGACCGACUGUCUUCAACUGGCUGCAGGCGCUUUCCGGUCUGGCUGUGCUCUUCGCUUGGAUGGCCAUUUGCCUGGCGCAUAUCCGGUUCCGUGCGGCGUGGGCCUAUCACGGACACUCUGUGGAGGAGAUUCCCUUCAAGGCAAUCUUUGGCGUUGCGGGAUCGUGGAUGGGAUUGAUCAUCUGCUUCAUCGUCUUUGCUGCUCAGCAUGGGCUCAACGAUGCCGAGGGCUUCUUCCAGGCCUACCUCGCUCUCCCCAUUGUCCUGGCAUUCUGGCUCGGCGGAUACAUCUGGAAGCGGACUGGCUGGUUGAGGCUGGAUCAGAUCGAUGUCGAUACCGGCCGUCGCGAGCUGGAUUGGGAUGAGAUCCGCGCAUACCGGGAGUUUGUGGCGUCUCAGCCUUCCUGGAAGCGCGUGUACUAUGCUCUGUUUGAGUAG